GCCUAUCCUUUGAAGCUUGGAUCAGGCAUUUAUCCAGUUUACUGUCAGAUGACUACUAUGCUCAAUGCAUGUGGAAGCGGCGGUUGGACUCUGGUUAUGAAGAUGAAUGGUUCUAAGGUGAAUAUUCAUAAAUAAAAUCACCGUUUGGGAUCGAGUGUCCUAAAACCAAAGCCAAGUAUUCACAAAUGCCAAUCAAAAUAAAGGAAACUACCUUUAAGGAUCAAUGAGAACUUAAAGUCCAAACAACAAAACUGUCUAAAGCGCGGGAAAAAGCGGGCGUGAUUGGUUUUGUUUUUGAAUCUGAUUGGUUGAGAGAAAGGCGCAAGUUUUCUGGACCAAUAACAAAGCAAAGUAAAGCAAAGCAAAAUAAAGUAAACUUUCGACAUCCACUUGAGAACCGCUCUAAAUACUUAAAAGCGAUGUAGCUUGUUAAGCAUUAAGUAGCUAUGCAUCCUUUUCUUCCCCAAAAAAGAUCGGUUUGAUGAAUGUGGAAUUAUCAGAGUCUUGGAGAUUUUGGAAACUAUGACUUUCAAGACUAUAUUUUCUGGGUUUAGUCUCCUACGCACGGUUUCUGACAGCAGCAGACUUCAUCAGGUAGUUUUCAGAGAUAAGAUUAAAAAUAUCGGUCAUAUACUGAUUUUAAAUAGCGUGCCUAUUUCAACCUCUGCACGAGUUAGGAGGCAAGCGAAAAGUACUCUCAAUGUUUGCCAAAGGUGUUGUUAGAUGUUAGAGUGAGUGAUGUGUUACCCGCUUUUUCACACUUAAAUUCUUUUUAUUUUAAGUUCAUUACCCGCGUAAGUGAGAAUUUUUUUACCUAAAUAAACAAACAAGCUGAGAAAUUGACAAGAUAAGAAAGUAAGAGUACAAACAAGAUAAAAGCUUUGUUAACGAGUUUUGUAGAACUGUUUUCGAUUUACACCGGCUUUCAUCGAGAGCAUAAAAGUCUAUGAUAUAAUGGGCGAUCUGUGCAAAAUAAAUGAGUUACUGCACAGGUUGUUUUGAAGAGUAUCUUUAUAAGAUCUUAUCAUCUCUAUUUUUUCCUGCCUAUGGUUUUAAAACUAUACCGGAAGCUUUAAAAAUUAUCGUAUUACCUGCACCUUCCUAUAACCCGCACUAACAACUGUUUGAGGAAAAAUUAACAGAUUACCUGCGGGUAAUCGGCCGGAAAUUACGAUAAGGGGCUAUGUGUGAAAACUACCUGAACACGUCUGCUGUUCAAACGCGAUUAAAAAAAGUUUUAAAAAUUUAAGAGCUUGCAUUGCUUCCAACUAGUUUAAGUUAUCAUUAAAAAAAAAAAUUUUUAGAAAAAAACCUCAAAAAAGGAACGAUCAAAACCUUUUGGAGGGUGGUGGGGGAGGGGGGGUGUUAGGGCUUCCAUACUCCUGGAUACCGAUCCAAGCACCCUAGCAGUCACCCAACUGAUUGACUCUUUACACCCUAACAUCAGUAUGCAUGUUUUUUAUACUUUUCUCCAUGCUUUCCCUGAGUUGUUGACAAGGAGAAUUUUUUUAACAAUUAACAACUUCUUUAAUGGGUGAUCAUUAAAGAAGAUCAUCCUUUAUUCUCGUGACCUCGAUGCUUGAUUAAGUGGUGAUAUUGUAAGGAGAAUAUAGAAGUUAGUCAUUCCCAGGAGUUAAGGGGUUCAGCCUCCUCAUCCUGGAUACUGAUUAUUGAAGCUUAGUUGCCACGCAACUGAUUAGAAAAUGUCACGGAAAACAAUUGAUUGUCUCUUCUCGGAGCCCACAAUACACUCGUCGUGAGGUAAAACUCAUGAUAAUCCUCUUUUUUUUUACAUCAAAGCCGCCAUUGCAGAAAACUGUUGUAAAUUGAUAAUGUCAUUAUUUUCCAGGACACCUUCCAAUAUGAUUCCGAUCUCUGGAGUAAUAUGGUGGAGUUUGACAGUUUUGCGGGGAUGACAGGAUUUGACGAGCAGGAAACCAAGCUACCAACUUACUGGAACACAAGUUUCAGCUCGAUAUGCCUCGGCAUGAAGAACGGCAAUGAAACCAACUUCAUCUUGAUCGAUAAGCCGGCUGAAUCUCUAUACUCUUUGAUAGCGGAUGGGCAAUACCGUAGCACUUCACUUGGUCGCAACGCAUGGAAGUCGCUGAUUGGUGCAGAGGCCUCUUUGCAAAACAACUGCAAUGCAGAAGGGUUCAACCUACACCCGAAUUCAAACAAUUCGAAGGCGAGAAUUGGUUUGAUUGCCAAUAAUGAAGGAGACUGUGGGACCUGUGAAUCUAGAAUUGGCUUUGGUUGCGCAGGCACGGUUCCAAAUACAUGUGGAAAUAGGGCCGCUCAUGAUGCAGACAAUGGAGAAAAAAAAUAUCAAAGUGAUGGGUUACAUCUUUGUUCG